AAUGCGCCUUCCCACGUUUCCGUAGACAGACAGAGACACGCAGAGAGAGAACCUUGGGGCUGCAUACGUCAGACGCACGCGACCGAGUCCCGCUCUCCCCCCACAUCCCUCGCCUUCUUUCCCUUUUUUUCCUUUUCCGUACGUGGGAAGGGAGCUAGGAGGGAAGAAAGAGUCACGGUAGACGGGCAAAGGGAAUUAGGGGAAAAGAAAGAUGCCGUCUGUUGCACAAUGGCGGGGGACACCCUCAGUCAAGGGCCCAACUGAGAGUAUACGCAUGGCAUUGCUGACUGCUUCGCUCAUUGGACUCCAGUUCACAUGGAACGUAGAAAUGACAUACUGCACGCCCUACCUCCUCGAGCUCGGCCUCACAAAGUCCAAAAUCUCCCUCGUAUGGGUCGCGGGCCCGCUAUCGGGUCUCAUCAUGCAGCCCGUUGUGGGCGUCAUCGCCGACCGAUCUACGUCGCGCUGGGGCCGGCGGCGCCCGUACAUGUUUUUCGGAACGAUACUGGUAUCCAUGUUUCUGCUGCUGCUGGGCUGGACAAAAGAAGUUGUGCGAUACUUUAUCAAGGAUGAGGCGGCGGCAAAGAGCGCAAACGUAUACGUGGCUGUGUUUAGCAUUUACGGAAUUGACUUUGCUAUCAAUGCUGUGCAGGGGAGCUGUAGAGGCCUGAUUGUGGAUACGCUGCCAAUUGAGAAACAGCAGAUGGGGAGUAGCUGGGCGAGUAGGAUGGUGGCAGUAGGCAAAAUGGUGGGAUAUGCGGCUGGAGCUGCGGAUCUCAAAGCGAUAUUCGGUCCCAUGCUGGGUGAUACGCAGUUCAAGCAGCUGACAGGUGUUGCGGCGCUGACUUUGUGUCUCACUGUUGCUACGACGAGCUGGGCAGUCACGGAGAGAGUAUUGGUUAACGAUGGUAUGACAAAGGCUUUGGAUAUCAAGCAGGUGGUUGGAACAAUUGCGCAUACUGCGCUCAAUUUACCAAGAAGUAUACAAGCCAUCUGUACAGUACAGUUUUGGGCUUGGAUCGGCUGGUUUCCUUUUCUCUUCUAUAGCACCACAUGGGUCGGCGAAGUCUACCUACGGUACGAUGCGCCGCCAGAAAUCAAAGCAGCCGGCGACAUGACAGGCAAAGUCGGGAGAAUCGGCUCGACGGCUCUUGUUUCCUUCUCAAUCGUGACAUUCAUAACGUCCGUCCUGCUGCCCUUCUUCGUCGAGAACCCCGAGCACAGCGAAAAAGGCCCCGGCUUCUCACCCUCGUCCAAACGCAAGUUUGACGCGGGACCCUGGGAAAAACGCAAGCCAAGUCUGCUAACGGCAUGGGUCGUUGCACACUGCAUCUUUGCGUGCAGUAUGAGUAUGGCGCCUUUUGUGACUUCCAUAAAACACGCGACUUUCAUCAUUACCCUCUGUGGCGUGUCAUGGGCAGUUGCUUCAUGGGCCCCAUGGGCAUUGAUCGGCGUAGAAAUCAACCGCUUAAACAUGGCCACCGCGCAUUCGACACACUCAAAGCGGGCCUCGAUUGACCUCUCCGAAACGCAGGAUAAGCUGGAAAAGGCGGACGGAGCAGGUGCUGGAUCGGGCAGAGGAGGAGCAAGCUCAGGGCAGUAUCUGGGCAUCAUGAACCUGUACACGACGCUCCCGCAAUUCAUGGGCACCGCCAUUUCUUGGGUCGUCUUCUCCAUCCUGGAACCGGGUAAGAGUCCCGAGCUGAGCGAGGCGCCGCCAGAGGAGCAUCACAGCACGGAUGGACCCAAUGGUAUUGCUGUCUGUUUGUUCAUUGGAGCGUGUUCGGCAUGUCUCGCGGUAGUGGCUACUUUGAGAUUGGGCAGGAUCCAGGGAAAGAUGUAGGAAAGAGGGCCAUCCAUGUGUGGCAUAAUAUGGCUCGAACACCAAGACACAAAACUUUUUUUUCUCUUUGCCGCCUCGUGUGCAAGCAUCAAGGUCGCAAUCUGUACAAUACAUUCAUACAUAUCCGAACUACCUCCGUUUCCUCCAACCCUCCACCCUAGCAAAGCCAUCAGCGAUGAAGGCAAAAUGCGAGCUGACGCGCUAGGCGGGAUCGGGGCCCAGGAGAGAUUUUACUCUAAGAUUUUCUAGUGGCCCGCUUUGUUCUAGAAGACAGGUGUGGCUCUGUCGGUGGUACACUUCCGGGCUUCGGGAAGAUAGAGGUGUAGUGAUCGUACGCACAUACGUGUAUGUAACGAUG